AAAGGCUGACGCUGAUUGACUGUCUCCAAGGAUACCACCGAUACUACCGAGAGCUCACUACUGGUCCGUGCCGUCUGGCAAAGACCAUCAAGAUGUCGUUUUUAUUUGACUGGAUCUACAGAGGCUUCAGCAGUGUCUUACAGUUCUUGGGUCUGUACAAAAAGAGCGGGAAGCUGGUUUUCCUGGGCCUGGACAAUGCUGGUAAAACGACACUUCUGCACAUGUUGAAAGAUGACCGACUGGGCCAGCAUGUACCGACACUGCAUCCAACUUCAGAGGAGCUGACAAUCGGAGGCAUGACAUUUACAACAUUUGAUCUGGGAGGACACGUACAAGCUCGAAGAGUGUGGAAGAACUACCUGCCGGCUGUGAACGGAGUCGUCUUCCUCGUAGACUGUGCAGAUCACGACAGACUCACAGAAUCUAAGACUGAACUGGAUGCUCUCCUUUCAGACGAGACCAUAGUCAACGUACCAGUGUUGGUGUUAGGUAAUAAGAUCGACCGUCCAGAAGCCAUAAGUGAAGGAGGUCUGAGAGGAGCGUUUGCUCUUGACGGGCAGGUCACCGGAAAGGGAAACGUCUCCUUGAAGGAUCUGAAUAAUGUCCGGCCGCUGGAGGUUUUCAUGUGCAGCGUGUUGAAAAAACAAGGCUACGGGGAAGGUUUUCGGUGGUUAUCGCAGUACAUCGACUGAACCAGCGACAGCGAGAAACACUCAUGGAAGAACCAGCUUCAAGAUUAAAAAUAUUAUUCAGAUCAUGUUUUCUUAUAUAAAGUAUUUAGGCAGGUGUGAGAGGUUUCUAUGCAAACUUUUAAAGUGGUUCAUGGUGAACUGUCCAGUACUGUAUUUGUGUGCUAUUUACUAAUAAGGGAGCUAUUAUGAGUAAUUUAACUAAAUGUAUGUUAAAUAGGCCACAUUAUUCCUGAUUAUAAUACAUAACAAGCUAUACAUUAUGCAGAUCUAAAAAUAUGCACCCAUUAUUGUUGUAUUAUUUAUGAUGAGACAAACCCACUCCUGUAGCUGAUUGAUUAAAAAUUAACAACUCGUGGUGAUCAUAACUGAAAGUUUAAAGCUUGUUUGACACAAGAUUAAUAUUGUCAGCUUCAGAUCUAAAAAGAAAUAAUUUGACAAAUAACUUGGCACAAAAUAAAAAAAGAAAAAAUUAAUUUUAUCUGAUGAUACGCUGAGUCUUCUUCAAAACCGUGAAGCCUUAGAUGUAUGUUAAUGACUUGAGGAUUAGCUGGAAAAGAGACUUUUUUUUAAAAAAGACAUCUACCAUAAGGAACACCGAGCCCCCAAAAAUAUCUAAUCCUCUCCACAAAUCCAAAAAAAAAAAAAAAAGAAAAAAGAAAAAGAGGAAGACACAGCUCAUCCCGACAGAAUAAACAGUGACGAAUCCAGUAUCAUCACCUAAGUGACAUGUUUAUUUUUGCGGCGUUGACUGCAAGUGAGGUUAAAAGGCAGCUCAUUUAAAAUGUGUUAAAUAACUUACACCUCUUUAUUAUUUUUACUUCAAAUCUUAAAGAUAAAACGACAACCCCCCUGUUUAAAUAUAUCCCAAGGACAGUAAUGAUUUAUGACACUUAAAAUGUCAAGAAGCAAUAAAAAAGUAGAAUAAUUAACAGCACUGUAGCCAAGACAAUCGCACUACUUCUGAAAAUAUAUGUAGCUCUGAGGCAUGUUUAUUGAGAUCUGUGUUGAAUUAGUUUGGGUGUAAAAAAAGCAGCGUCGUUGAUCAGAAACUGCGCCAGAAGAGCUAAUAAUUAAAAAUAGGAGCUUAGAUUGUAUGUUUGAUUAUUUCUUUUUACUGUUUAUCGUAUAGCCUAACUGAUAUACUGUCAUUUAAUUAACAUCCCGGCUGCAGCUAAUGUACUUUUUGACUGUCUGAGAAGAUAUGAGAGUGCACUUGCAGUAUUUCACAUGUUGUAGGGGUAAAUUUAUAUUCCAAUUAAAAUCUGAGUGCUUGAGAAAAGUUUUUUAUAAUGACUUGUGAAAAGUAAAUUAAUGGCCUCAUUACGAGAAGCUGAGAAGAGGUAGCAUUUACAGGGCGAUGUUUAAAGCUAAUGUAUGCAGGGUUAUUCCUGAUAGGGGUCUUUCAUGAAAGCGUAUGCACAUAAACAAGCAGCUUCUCCUUUGAACAGUGUUCUGUACCAGUCACAGGAUUCCUGUAAAUUAUGUAUGAUAACACAUGUAAAUGUUUGUACAGUAAAUGCCCUCAAACUGACACCAUAAAAAUGAUAAGUUAUUUAUGAAAGACUAUUCAUAUGUUUCACUGGAAUUAAUGUUUUUAACCAUACAUGACAUUUACACAGAAAAAAAAAAAGCAUGUAUUUGGUGGAAUGUUGUAAUAAAAAGCAUUUUUUUAGA